AUGCUUGUACAUGUUCCUGGUAAUCUGUGCAGUAUUAUUAGCCCAGGCUCCAUUUUGAUCUCACCUAGUGGCAGUGUUGCCUUCAAAACCUGUGGCCGCACUGACAAUGUGGCAUCCUUCACCUCUCCUGAGAUGACUGUGUCUCAGUCUUCCUCCAGUAAAGAGGCUGUGGAGAAGAUGCUAGUUUACUCUCUGGGAAUGAGUCUGUACUGGACUGUAGAUUAUCAGCUUCCUCAAAAUCAGCCUGUCCAGCUUAGUGAUCACUUGAACAGCCUUCUACUGAGCAUGUGUGAAGAACAGGCUCACAGACGUCCAAAUCUGCUGGCGGUGCAGCAGCACUGUGAGCAGCACCAAAAGAACGCUCUCCUUCCACCUCCAGACAGAAUAAUCAGGCAGCUGGUCCAGGACGUCCUACAGCACUCGGCAGAGAAUGCAAACUCCCAUUCCUCCCAUCACAGAGGGAGCAGCAGCAGUCCAUACCUUGACAUCCAAAGGCAGCUUAAUGACAGAUCUAACCAGUUAUUUGGCUCUUCACUCAGUCUCAGUGAGAGGAAGCUCAAGAACAUGGGGCCAGAGUUUGUUAGAAUUUUGGAUGAGCCAUUUAUUACCUUGGAGCUGCCAAGUUCCAUUGUGUCAAAGAAAGGGAAGUCAUGUUCAACACAAAGGGAUGUGAGAGUGAUUAUGCCAAAUGGACAGACCAUCCUAGUCAAGUGUGAUGUCAAGACUAGAGGAGGAGAUGUAUUUGAUAUGAUUAUUGCCCAUUCAAAAAUGGUGGAGCACUUCUACUUUGGCCUUGCCUACACUGACAAUACCAAUGAAUUCUUCUUUCUGGACAACGAAACCCAAAUUUCCAAAAUUGUCCCAGAGAGCUGGAAAAAAGUACCCAUGUCCACGUUUGUUCUUCACGUCCGAAUCAAAUUUUUCAUCAAUGACGUCAGUCUACUUUUACACAAGCUGACGCGACACCAGUACUACCUGCAGCUCCGGAGGGAUGUUCUGGAAGACAGACUGCCCUGUAAUGAAGAGACUGGCCUUUUCCUCAGUGCUUUAGCUCUGCAAGCUGAAUUUGGGGACAUUUUGCCUGAGAUGUAUGGGAAGGAGUACUAUCAGCCUGAGCACUACAUCCCUAAGAGCAUCAUGAAGAAAAUGUCCAUGCCUUGCCUGAAACAAGAGUUACUGCGAUUACAUGCUAAUAAUGCGAACAUGACUGCUGAGGAGUCUGAGUUAGAAUUCCUCAAGGCCAUCCAGCAGCUUCCGGAGUAUGGUAUGCUUUUUCAUCAUGCGGCCUGCCAAAAGAUGGUCAGCGCAGGAGAGCUGCUCUUGGGGGUGUGUGCCAAAGGCAUCGUUGUGUAUGAAGUUAAAAAUAACACCCACACCAUGAGGUUCAGAUUCUACUGGAGAGAAACCAUCAAUAUCUUCGCAGCUAAGCGUAAAUUCAUAAUUGUGAGCAGCAUCAGUAAGAAGAAGCACACUUUUCAUAUGGAGAAGUCCAGAAUCGCAAGGUACCUCUGCAGCCUGUGCACAGCACAGCACAAGUUUCACACGGAGAUGAGCUCUCGCCAGCUGAGCCACAGUCUGGUCUCGGGCAAGUCCUAUACUGUAAUACCAGUCCUGCAAUAUUUAGCAGAUAAUGGGACGUCCAGUGAUGGCAGACCUGAUGUUGCUCACCAUGACUCCAUGAGCAAGCUGUGUGAUGACAUUGCCAAUCGUAUUGAAACCAGAAUCAAACGGCAGAGAGACUUACUGGAGCACUACAAUGCCUUGAGUCGAGAUCUUCAGAGAUUUGCUGGAUCUUCAAAGCGAAGCUCAGGUGUUCCAUCCAUUCCUUCCUUUCUCAGAGAUACUCCAACAAGUCCCCGAGCUCCUGCGAGAGAGAUUCUCUGUGUAACUUUGAAGAAAGAUGUGAAAUUAGGCCUUGGUAUUGUAAUUGUUGGAGAAGACAGUGCCAGUGGUCUGGAUCUAGGAAUUUUUGUUGCAUCUGUUGUGCCAGGAGGACCAGCUAAUAGGGAUGGACGAAUCAAACCAGGUAGCCGCUUGAUCUCACUGAAUCAGAUCAGUCUGGAGGGAGUCCCCUUCAAAGAAGCAGCAGAAAUCAUACAAAGUAGCCCCAACCAGGUGGAGCUCAUCAUCUCCCAGUCCAAAGACACUCAAGCAGAAGAUGGUCUUGAUGAGUUGGUGACGGUGAUGAUGACACCAAAAACUGGGCGUAGACUCCAUGUGCCUGAAGUGCACGUCCUCAGGGUACAGGUAUGGCACAAGCUACAGCAAUCAAAUUCAAGAAACAAUUGCAUACCUAUAUUGUUUCAUAUGUGUCAAAGUUAAAUAUGUUAAUAAUCUACGAUUAGUCUGAGAACAGAGGAGAUCACAGUGCAGCUGAAAAAAGUCUCUGGCAGUUCGGGCAUUAGCAUUGCUGUAAGUGCAUCAUCAUAUCUUUUACAGACUGAUCUGAUUCAGAGAGAUAAUUUGGCCACCAUCUGAGAAGGUCAGCUUAGAAAUCUCUAUCCCUGGCCACACAUUUUGGCUCCUCCUGGGGGAUCCCUAGACAUUCCCAAGUCAAGUGUAAGAUAUCAUCUGUCCAGUGGAUCCUGGGUCUGAUACACCUCUACCAGGAGCCGGCCUGAUACACCUCUACUGUGCCUGAUACACCUCUACCAGGAGCCGGCCAGGGGCCAUACUUCUAAGGUGUCUGACCCACCUCAACUGGCUCCUCUCUAGUUGAAGAGGCAGUGGCUCUACCGCAAGGCUGUCCCCGAUUGCCAGGCACCUCACUCAAUCACAGAGAGUAAGUCCAAGGUGAGGCUAGGGACAUAGACUGCUAAACAGAGAGCUUUGUCCGAAACCUCAACUCCUACUUCCCCUCCAGAAAACAGUACAGUGACUAUAACGCUGCUUCAAAGUCUCAGUCUCCAUCAUUUGUAAAUAAAAUCCCAAUAUACUUAGUCAUCCACCAGGGGCAAGGUCUAUUCCUUCACCUGAAGGGAGCAUCCCACUCUUUUCCAGGAAAGGACCAGGACCUCAUAAUGGGGUUCUGUUUUUCUUCACAGCAGUUUCGCAUUCAGCAGCAAAACAUUCAAGUAAGUGUUGGAGAUCCACUUCAAAUGGUGCCAAGAUCUCAUCAUCAUUUGCAAAUAACAAGGAUGUUACUUCUAGCCCUCAUGCUGGACACGUCUCCGAUCUUGGCUGUGCCUUGAUAUUGUGUCCAUGAAGACACACCCUUGACAGAGUUGGACAACCUUGGACAACCACUUUAAACAGUUUUGACUUACUGCCAAGAAUGCAGACAUAACUCUAACUGCGCAUACAGAUACUGGAUUGCACAAGGCAGCGAUCCAAAUAAAAAGUGAUAAGACAGGGCUGAAUGCAGGUCUCCAAUCUGAAGGAAUUUACAUCGAGAGCCUGUUGCCUGGGGAAGCAGGAGACCAAGAUGUCCGCAUACAAUCAGACCAAAGCCUGUUAAGAGAAAUGAGGAUCAGACUGUUUGCCCCUUGUGGCAGUCAUAACUGACUUGGUUAUAGGGUGACUCUUAGCACAUCUUUGUGUGUCUAAUGGGUGAUAGUGUCUUAGAGGUGGAUGUAACCAGACUGCAAGGUUACAGAGGACAUCUGGCUGGUGAGCUCCUGGCCAAGCCCAAGAAGGUGGCGACUCUGAUGCUUGAGAGGAACGGCACUCCCGUGAUGUCAUGCAACUUUCUGAGUCCCAAGCCUGAGGAUACACUCUCUGUCCAUUACCAUGACGACGCCCAUCACUGUUAGACCCCAUGAUGAAAGUUUUGCAUCUGAAGGUAAUAGCAUGAGGGUGACCUUAACGAAAGGUGUAAAUGGCCUUGGCAUCAGUUUCCUGCUGUCAGAGUUGAGCACAUCCCUGAACUGUGGAACUGUAACACUGUUUCCAGGCUAAGCAGCAGAAGAGGGAGAUGUGAUCCUGGCUGUUAAUGGAGAAUCACUUGUGUGGCUGCCAUGUCAGGGCAAAGCUUUGAGAGAGUCUCCCACUGCACAUUUGUGGAAAUUGUCGCUUGUGAAUCACUCUGCAAUGAGCUAUGGCCCACUUAUGAUAAAAAUAAAUUGUGAAUUUAACAGGUAAAAAUAUCAGUAGUUUAGAAUACCUUAUGUAUAAAUAGCAUAAUAAUUAUUGUGGGUCUUUUUUUGUUUUUGUUCUUGACUUCUUGCUCCUUUUUUAUGGGUCAUUUCAGGAUAUCCCCUGUAUUUCCAUUACUGAUUUUUAAUAUGAAUGCAUAAGAUGGAAGGGAGUUUGGAUGUAACGUACUAGCAGGAGAAUUCACAGCAACAGGCAAACAAUAAAUCAAACAAUAAAUCUGUUGGUUUGUCACAACGACAAACACAAAAUGUGGUCAGAAGUUGGGUUUAUUAUGUUUUUUUAUUUUAUUAUUAUAUUCAGUACUUUUGUAAUAGAUUGCACUAAAACCGCUACUUUUUUAUUAAAAAGAGUUGUAUAUGUGGAUGUUCCAAGCA